GUCAUACGUCAAGGACUAGAUAAUUAUUUUUUAUCAAUUGAAGUGYCAUCAAAUCUGAUAAAAUUGUAAGRUCAACCUUGUUUUUUAGUCACUUAGUUUCCUUAUUUUACGUAAACCAAAGAAAACCUGAAAUUYUUUCAGUGAUGAACACGAAAAUUUAUCGAUUAGUGCUGCUUAUGGGAUGCUUCUUUCUCRUCGACUCCAUGGACAUAAACGACUUUUUCCCCGACAUAAAUGGCAAUUUAACAAAAAUCACUUGGGCCCACGCUGUGAACAACAAAACCUAUCUCGCUGCAUCUCUCAACAGUUCCGUAAUGAUGCUGGAAGCUGACGUCAUUUACGGCAAAAUCAAUGGAAGUGGUGAGUUAAUCCCAAUCAUGGGUCAUCCACCUGCAACCCAAUCCGACCUCUCCCUCGAGGAAUUUCUAACAACGAUUCACAGUUUUAACAAGAAGGAAAACAACCGGAAAGGUGUCAAGUUGGAUUUUAAGUCAACGGAGGUUUUCACCAAAUCUGUUGACUUUAUCCGAAAACAAUACAAUUCGAUUGAUUAUCCUUUAUGGAUCAACGCGGAUAUCAUUCGAGGYCCGAUUAAUCUCGAGACUGUCCCAGUCGAUCCGAAAAUCUUUUUAUCAACAGCGAAAAUCUUCGAUAAGUCUGUGUUAUCACUCGGAUGGACGACAACUCGACCAGUAAUGGGCCUCACAUACAAUAACGCCCAAGUAAAUGCGAUGAUUGAAGUGAUAAGAGAAAAUGACGUUAAACAGGAGAUAACGUUCGCCGUUAGAGCGGGAACUGCGGCGCAAAGCUCCACCGAAAUGAAGCUUUUGAAGGAUGAAGUGAAAAAUUGCACUCUGACCAUUUGGUCCAGCGAAGGGGACGAGGUCGACGUCCCAAAACUGAGGGAUUUGAUUUUUGAAUAUGGGAUUAAACGAGUUUAUGUUGACGUUCCGAAGGAUUUACGCGACCGCUUGGAUUUAGRCAAUUAAAUUUUGUAAAAUUUCACAAUAAAAUGGCAGAUGUA